GUGCGCUCUCUCAAAUGCGCCCAAAUGGGGGUAAACCGUUUACUGCGAACCCUCAAAACAAGUGUCAGGGUGCUCUACCAGCUAUGUACAAUCAGCUGGAGUAUAUUGUGAUUACAAUUUUUGCGGCGUUUAGUCAUAAAUCCCGUGUAGGAUGUUGGUUUCAGGUGUUUUGUAAUACAAGGUAUAAUGUAUGUACCUUUCUUUACAAUAGUGGUGAAAUCCACGGAAUGUUCCACAUAGGAACAGCUGACGACAAUGCCGCACCGAAAAUAUGAACGAGAUAUGAAGGAUUACAAGGAGUAUCAUUAAAUCAAAUGUUUGCUAAUUAACAACCAGGCAAUUCUCAAUGUCUGUCGCUCCCGUUACUGGCCCACUUCACUGUAUUCCACAGAUAAAUAUCCUGUGCAAGCACCACUAUAGGUAAAGCCAGAGGUUAGAAGGCACACGUGCCUCCAGCACCCCUGCUCUCCUCUUCCAGAGUGUGACUCGUCGGUCCCCACGACGUCACCAAUGCGACCAUGGGAAAUAGCAGUGAAUAGGCGGCCACCGACAGCCCCCUUGAACCAGAGGAGGUUCCUAGGAGAGCCCUGCAACACCCCAGUGCACCUCAGGAGAAGCCCGCCAGUGAGACGACAGUGGGGGAGUCGAGACCGACCGGUUGUACUCCACAGCGCCUUGCUCCAGGACUUCCACCACCCUCUCUUCUCCCAGCAACAUCAGCAGGUUCUUUUAGAUGAGUCCAGACAAUACAGCCACGCCAGUGCACCGCCACGCAUGCUUCACCCUGCCGCACACCCACCUCAGCAUCAACAGACCCCCGUCAUGGUGGAGCUACACGACCAGGGAUCCGUUCCCAUCUCUUACACUGUUACCACGGUGACGACGCACGGUUUCCCCAUCCACGCCGGGCAACCUCUCCCAGGGUGCAACAGUCAGCAGCUCCCAGCAUGCUCGGUAAUGUUCAGCGGACAGCUCUCUCUGCUCUGCUGCCUUCCUCCUCCUCUCAUCCAAGCCUGUACAAUGCAGCAUUUGCCAGUGUCUUACCAAGCUUUUCCACCCCUGAUCUCCAGCGAACAUUUUAUAUUGCACCCCAACCCUGCGGGGCCGCCCCCCCACCACCAGCCUCCUCACCUUACUCGUCUCAGCCAGUUUCUCCCUCUCCAGAGGCAGCACCCACGCAUGCCUCUCCAGAGGGUAGAGAAUGAAGUGGACCUCAGGGGGGACCAGCAUCCAUUAGGAACGUUCUCUUACCCUGCCUCGAGUCACCACCACCCACCAGCGAUGCCUCCCUCUGUCCCCCUCCAGUACCUCCCUCAGGAGCCUCUGCACCAGGAGAUUCCCUUCCCAGUGCCAUACCCCCAGAUGCUGCCGCGACGUGUCAGUGGCCACAGGUACCGGUUACAGCAGCCCCUGCCCCCGCCGCUCCCACCUCCCUACUACCCAGGCUUCCUGCCGUACUUCCUGUCAAUGCUUCCUGUGUCUCCUACAGCAGUGGGACCAGCCAUCAGUCUGGACCUGGAUGGAGAUGAUGUGGAGAUGGAGAACUAUGAGGCAUUACUGAACCUGGCUGAGCGUCUGGGAGAGGCUAAACCACGAGGAAUCACCAAGGCAGACAUUGAACAGCUUCCAUCCUACAGGUUCAACCUCGACAACCAUCAAUCUGAACAAACGCUGUGUGUUGUGUGCUUUAGUGACUUUGAGUGUAGGCAGCUACUGAGGGUAUUACCCUGCAACCACGAGUUCCACGCUAAGUGUGUCGACAAAUGGUUAAAGACCAAUCGCACUUGUCCAAUCUGCCGGGCGAACGCGUCAGAGGUGCACCGCGAGGUGGAGUGACUGAUACCCAGGCUUUUGGAUUGGAAAGCAGCACAAAACUAAACCCACAGAGUCUGUCUGUCUUAGCGCCUGCCUGGGUACGCCUGCCACCUACCCUGCCUGUGUCCUGCGCCCCCCCCCCCCCCCACACACACACACACAACUACUCCUGCCCCACCUCAACAACAAUAAGCAAUCUAAGAUUGUAUGUUUGAAGCCCCUCCCUCGGUCGUACCUCUGCUGUGCUUCUACUGCUGCGUCUGAUGAAAAAGCUUCUGCCCGCUACCAACCCAUAGCCACAGAGUAGUCCUGUCCGUCUGUCUGCCUGGGAUAGCCAUUGAUCCACCACCUCGAUCUGCUCCUCUGCCUGCCCCAGUGUUGCAGAUUCCAAAGAUGUGACCUACCAUAUGUUGCUAUCGUCGUAGGGCUUUUACGUUUACAAGUUUUUACAUUUUUUUUUUUUGUUAUCUUGUGGUUUUUGGUUAGUUCUUUGUGACAGAGGAGAGUUGGAGUUUCCUGCAUGGUGAUGGUGAUGGGGGGGGGGGUUAAGGACCUGGUGGAGCAGAGAGAGGCGUCACACGUUGUUAAAUCAGCAGGACAAUAAUAGGAAUACUUCAACAUGGUUAAAACUGUAGGAGACGAGACCAUUCCACUGGCUUGGAGGAGAAGUCUGGCUGACUGACCGUCAUAGUACUGUAGGAGACGAGACCAUUCCACUGGCUUGGAGGAGAAGUCUGGCUGACUGACUGACUGUCAUAGUACUGUAGGAGACGAGACCAUUCCACUGGCUUGGAGGAGAAGUCUGGCUGACUGACUGACUGUCAUAGUACUGUAGGAGACGAGACCAUUCCACUGGCUUGGAGGAGAAGUCUGGCUGACUGACUGUCAUAGUACUGUAGGAGACGAGACCAUUCCACUGGCUUGGAGGAGAAGUCUGGCUGACUGACCGUCAUAGUACUGUAGGAGACGAGACCAUUCCACUGGCUUGGAGGAGGAGAAGUCUGGCUGACUGACUGACUGUCAUAGUACUGUAGGAGACGAGACCAUUCCACUGGCUUGGAGGAGAAGUCUGGCUGACUGACUGUCAUAGUACUGUAGGAGACGAGACCAUUCCACUGGCUUGGAGGAGAAGUCUGGCUGACUGACUGUCAUAGUACUGUAGGAGACGAGACCAUUCCACUGGCUUGGAGGAGAAGUCUGGCUGACUGACAGUCAUAGAUGCAUGUUUGUGUAGGUGACUGUUGGGGCAAAGUGACCUGUUAAUAAUGUAUGUUUUGCAAUAAUGUAUUGAUGAUUUCAAUA